AGAAGCAGCACAAACUGAGGACUUCGACAGACCAGCAAUGACCAAGAGACACUUAUCAGAUGUGUUUUACUCCUGAUACAUCCUUGUGAGAGGCUUAACAAAAGAAAAAUUAACGAAAGAAAGAUGUGUAAAACAGAAACGGCUUCAACGUGAUUUGGAGGACAAUGAGCACAUGCACCUUAUAAUUCAGCUUGAGUGACUGAAUGCAUGAGGGGAAUUUAAUGAGAGAGUAAUAAAGCAAUUGCAGAGGGAAACUUCAGAAAGGCACAGGUACAGGGAGGGGUGAAGCAGGUGUAGUCUUACGGAGAGAAAGAGAGAGAGAAAGAAGAGGCAGAGAGAGGCGCGGGUUCACUGUCGCCGAGAUGUUCAUGAUUAUUCGAGAAGGAUCAGCCCCAGGAGCAGGAGGCACCGGCGGCAUGAGCGCUCCACCCGAAAGAACCGCCAAACAGGUUCAGGCCGCGAUCAAGAAGAAGGUGGAGAAACAGAGGAGGCAAAGUGAAACGGGUUUGUCGGAGGCAUUUAACAGCAAUACAAGAGCAAAAAUGGCACAGAAAAAAAGUCAGCCUGUCCAGCCUCCCCGCCGAGCUGGAGAGGAGGAGGAAGAAGAGGAGCCUGUGGAGGCUGAAGAAACUGAGGAGCCCAAGGAGAAGGAGGAUUCUGACCUCGGACCCAUUGUGGAGUCUGUUUUUGGCCAGGACAGGGAGCUGCGGCCGGAAGAGAUUGAAGAGCUGAGGGAAGCUUUUAAAGAGUUCGACAGGAAUAAAGGAUACAUCAACUGCAGAGACCUGGGCGAAUGCAUGCGGACCAUGGGUUACAUGCCCACAGAGAUGGAGCUGAUCGAGCUGAGCCAAACCAUCACUGGAGGUAAAAUUGACUUCGAGGACUUCGUAGAGCUCAUGGGCCCCAAAAUGCUGGCAGAGACGGCGGACAUGAUCGGAGUCAAAGAGCUGAGAGACGCUUUCAAAGAGUUUGACUCUAAUGGAGACGGUCAGAUCAGCGUGACGGAGCUCAGAGAAGCCAUGAAGAAGCUGAUGGGAGAACAGCUGAACUCCAGAGACAUCGAUGAUAUACUGCGAGAUGCAGACCUCAACGGAGACGGACUGGUGGAUUUCGAAGAAUUUGUGAGGAUGAUGUCACGCUGAUGUCAUCAUGGCGCAGCUAUUUGAACGUUUUGCAUGGGAACGCUGUUUGUAAAAAGAAAUAUGGAUUUUAUAUAUUAAGAAUUAUUUACCACUUAUUUAAAUCGUGUAUUGUCAUUGUCCUGUUGAAUUGGUAUUUUCAGAGAUAUUUCGCAUAAUGAGUGUAUUGAAUUUGUAUAGUGUGCUUCUUUUUAAAAAAACUAAAUUAAAUCAAUUGAUUACAGUUGUUUGAUUAUUA